AUGGAAAAAAGAACAAUCAAUGUUCAAAACAUAGUAUACAGUAGUACAGUAUCAAGUGUUUUUGUUAGUAUUAUAUGCACACCUCUUGACGUAAUAAAAAACUACAUACAAUAUAAUAGUAACAUCAGCUUUGACAAAAAGUAUAUUUUAAAAAAAAUUACAAAAAAGAAGAAAAAUAGGUUGCUGAAAUUUAACUCUUUUUAUUAUCGAACUUUUAAAAACAUUUAUAACAACUAUGGGAUCAAGGCAAUUUAUAGGGGCCUUAUUUCAACGAUGAACCUGUACGUAAUAAACAACACUUUAUUUUUUUAUGUAUAUGAAGAAUUAAAAGAAAAAGGAAUUCCAUGUUACUUAAGCGCUACAAUUUCUAGAUUUUUUUCCAUAAUAAUUACAUCACCAUUAGAAUUAUACAGAACAAAUGUUCAGGCAAAUGUUUGCAAUAAUCAUAAAGUAAGUAUAUUUGAUAUAUUUAAAUCGAAACAAAAUAGAAAAAUAAAAAUAAAUUUGUAUAAAGGUAUCACUUCAACACUUGUAAGAGACAUCCCAUUUUCAGCUAUAUAUUGGUCACUUAACGAAUAUUUAGUUAGUUAUAUAAAAAAAAAAGAUUCUGAAUAUGAAAGGCGGAAAAAAAUUAUUAAAAAAUUUUUGUACCCAUUUAUUUGUGGAUGUCUUAGUAGCACAAUAACUACUUUUAUAACACAUCCUUUGGAUAUAAUCAAAACGAACAUGCAAGCAAGAUGUAUUGAUAUUAUUCAUAAAAGUGAUUUUGAUUAUAGAAAAAUUAAAAAUUAUGAUGCAUGUCAAAGAGGUCGAACAAGUAAUUUUUAUAAUAUUUGUCAAAAUAAUUUAUAUAAUAAUAAAUAUAUAUAUGAUGUUAAAGUGAAUAAUUAUGCUCAUAAUAAUCAUAGGACUAUUUAUUAUAAAUAUGGAUCUACUAAGUAUGGUUCGAAUACUUAUAGUUAUAAAUAUUAUAACUAUUUUAAAUUAACAAAUAACUAUAACUAUAACAUUUUCUCAGUUGCUAAAAUUAUAUUUAAAAAGAACGGAUUUAAAGGUUUUUAUAUAGGUAUUUUUCCAAGACUGGUAAAAAUUGUACCUACCUGUGCAAUUCUUUUUUCAACAUAUCAUUACUUCAAUUAUUGA